AUGUGCUCUGCAAGAAUCAACAAAAAGAAAUGCUUUUGGUGCAUCUAGAGGUCCAAUGAACUGAAUGACACAGAGCUGCUGUCAAAUUGCAGGCAUGUUUGAGACAAUCUGGCGUGUAACUACACAAUUCGCAGCAGAAUAAAUGCUGUAGAACUGUACUCUUUAAAUGACACAAGGCACCAGAAGAAGAGACAACUCAUAUGCGUGACUCAAAAUCAGCAGUCCGCCGGACACCGACGCAUACAGGGUGACGCGCUUAGGUCUCUCUGUCUCUCUCUCUCUCUCUCUCUCUGUCUGUCUCUCUCUCCCUGUCUCCGGUGCAGUCGUGCGUCCUGCCGCUCGGAGACACUCGUCGCAGGGGAUUCGGUGCCAAGACUGUCUACGCUGCGCACUGUGAGCGCACUGCUGCGUAUUUAGGCGCGGUCUGCCAAAGUUUCGGUGAACAAACGCGGAGUGUUUCUUGGAGGUAAAAUGACUUGAGAGACGUACAGCCACCAGCUCUGGUGAAGGUGGGGAGUGGGCGGCGGAACGCCAGCGCCGUGCGUAACACAGGGGGAGCAGGUGGAUGGAGAGGCUGGCGGGAUGCAGAUUUCCAGCAGGUCAGCGCCGCUUCGGAGCGGCUGGACUCCACAUUCUCUCCUGAAGGACACCUCGCCAGGAUGGACUUGAUAUGAGGAUGAAGUUUUCUGUUUAAAAAUCUCUCUUGCUCUUUUGCUGUUUCUCUACAGCUGGGAUGUGAUACUUGUGGUUCUUCGUUAAUGAAUAUCCCCAGUCAUCCCAAUCCCCAGAGCCCCAAACCCUGAGACCCCAAAGUCUCAAAUUCCCAGAACCACAGGCAUAACUUAGAAUUUACCACCUGAAGUCCCUUUACCCUUAAUUCCAGCCUUGUGCGGUAAAAUCAAUUAUUUUAGGCAUAUAAAAGCCUAACCUCAUUAAUAUCUACCUUCUUUACGAUUACACCUUUACGCCUUACCCCUCGCUAUCUUUAGACACUUGGAGCCCUUUGAUACCCUAAACCCCUCUCACCAUCAUGGCCUUGGAUCAGUGGCCCUUUCUCCCAACUCCCCCCAACAUCUCCAUCCCUGAGCCCCUCCUGUACGAUAGCUACAUCCAGGGUAAUGAGUCUGAUCUGGACCUGAACAUCUCAGAGACCAGGGAACCUCACCAGGACAAGACCAGCUCAGUGGUCAUCACCUUCAUCUACUUCAUGGUAUGCGCCGUGGGACUGUGCGGCAACGCCUUGGUCAUAUAUGUCAUCCUGCGCUACGCCAAAAUGAAGACAGUGACAAACAUCUACAUCCUGAACCUGGCAGUGGCAGAUGUUCUGUGCAUGAUGAGCCUUCCGUUCAUCGCCCUGCAGCUGACACUGGUGCACUGGCCCUUUGGAGAGGUUCUUUGCAGGGUGAUCAUGACUGUAGACUCUCUCAAUCAGUUCACCAGCAUCUUCUGUCUGAUGGUGAUGAGCAUCGAUCGAUACUUUGCUGUGGUCCAUCCUAUUAAAUCCACAAAAUGGCGGAAGCCCCGUGUAGCUAAGCUAAUUAACCUGACAGUAUGGGUUGUGUCGCUGUUAGUCAUCCUACCUACUAUGAUCUUCAGUGGCCUGGACAAGGUGCCAGUAUGUGGGAUCGUGUGGCCGGAGCCCCAGGAUGUCUAUUACACAGCCUUCAUAUUCUACACCUUCUUCAUUGGAUUCUUCCUGCCGCUGGCAGUCAUAUGUCUGUGCUACCUGCUCAUUAUAGUCAAGGUUAAGUCAUCUGGCAUACGAGUGGGUUCCACCAAGCGCAAGCGCUCUGAGCGUAAGGUGACACGGAUGGUGUCCAUCGUGGUGGCGGUGUUCGUCCUCUGUUGGCUACCUUUCUACAUUUUCAACGUCACCUCCGUCACCGGCUCCAUCAAGCCCACCUCUGCUGUGAAGAGCACCUUCGACUUUGUAGUGGUGCUCGGCUACGCCAACAGCUGCGCCAACCCCAUCCUCUACGCCUUCCUGUCGGACAACUUCAAGAAGAGCUUUCAGAACGUUCUGUGCCUGAAAAAGGUGGCAGGCCUGGAUGAGAUUGAGCGCAGUGACAGCAGGGCAGACAGGAGCAGGAUGGCUAACGAUGCUGCGAUCAUCAACGCCAACUUGGAGACUCACAAUGCUGCCCUGCUCAAUGGCGAGCUGCAGACCAGCAUCUGAGGGUAUAGGAGCGGCAGCCACAUCUAGGGUGGCCAGAGAGACUGAGCAGUGGUGCUUAUGGCUUCCAGACUUAUGGGCUGCCAGUGCACUGCUAAGUGACCCCUGCUGAAAGAUGCGGGGGCAGGAGGAUGAUGUAAUAGCUGCUGCUCAUGGACAUUGACACAUGAACAAGGUCUAAGUAAAAAAUAAACAGGUUCCUAAUGGGUUUCAGAGGUCAGGGAAAGUACACUGACUCCAGCUCAAAACUCGGGGUUAAUGAGGCAACUUGAGCCGGUAUGUCCUGAGGCGGAGCAAAAAUGUAUCUUGACUAAAGUGAUUUUCAGCACUGUAGACACAAGUGAUGUUGAAAUCAAACAUAAAUAAGAGCGCUGUUCAUGCUUGCCAGCUUGAGGUUUCUAUAGAGUUGUCAGAAGUCGUGCAGAAGGAACCAAAAUCGAAACAACACGCAGGAUCAGAGAGACUGCUGUGGACCCACUGGAGAAAUAUCGGGGCUAGUUCACCCAUGGCAGAGAGAGAUCUGAGGGGACUGAGCACCAUCCAUGCCCUCCUUGACAGAGUUUUUUGAGAGCUAAGAAGGGUCGGCAUUGAUUUCUCUGAAUGCGGAAAUACUGCUGAAGAAGUUAACAAAACAUGUCAGUGGAAAAACAGCCAGCACUGUAAUUCUAUUUGACUUUGAAAGACAAAAAUCAGAAACCACAACCCUGGAUAGUUUCAUGGUCAUGUUUUAUUCAUACCAGCUGAUUAGUCUCGUCUUGAUUAACAGGGAAACAAAAUGGCAAAGCCCUCCUAACCUGACAUCAUAUUUACCGACAAAUGAAGGAUGCUCUUUUCCCUCUCUAGCUGGCAUCUCAGCGGGAGGAGCUGCAUUGAUCUGUAAACUCCUGAAUUUAACAUCCUGGAUUAUUGAUUAAGCGGAAGGAUGGGAAAACAUCUCGGCAGCCGCUCUGACUUUGUACAUACAAAAUGGUUUUCUGUCAGCCUCUUGGGGAAAGUUCCGCACAUGGACGAUGCACAGGUCCUUACCAAAAUGAAUUUCAAAGGCAAUCCCUGCUGUAAAAAUCUGUAUUGUUGUGAUGCAUUAAGGACAGCUCUGAAACUGUUUGUGAAACCCAUCAUUUUAUAUUUCACUGUAUCCUGGUCUUAACAAUAGUUGCUCCCCGUGCCAGCGGUACCAUUGUAAAGAGCCCAUUUCUACUUGUAAAGUGCUGUGUUUUGAUAAUGUAAAAUUUCCUCAUAAGUUCAUGUUGAAGUGUAGUCAUCGCCCUCAGCUUCACAUUUGGUUCAGCCAGCGUGUGCUUGCAAAAAUGCCUAGAUAUCACAGAAGGCAGGAAAAUGUGUCACAUAGUCAAAGAGGGAGGGAGAGAGGAGGAUAUGGAGAUACAGAGAGCAGGAGAGAGAACGAACUAAAGCUUGUGUAUGUAUUGUAUCUACUGAGAACACAACACAUGGAGACAAAGCUUGAGAGACUGUAGUUAUUAUUCAACUGUUUGCCACUACUGCUGAGUAGUAGUAGCGAGUAAACUGAGCUUAAUACCCCAAGUGAGCACACCCCUUUGCAUACUCAAAAAUUCAUUGCACACAUCGGAGUGAACUUCACGUUGUGCUGUACUUUGGAAUGUGAAGUACACAGAAAUGUCACAUGUCAAAGCUUUUUCAUUUAUAUUUAUAUAUACAUACAUAAAGGCAAAAGCUCCCAUUGCAAUGAAUACUACAGACCAGAACCAGAAUAAUAAAGUGAUAUUACAUAUAACAUAUUAACUGCAAAAAGUGGAUUUAUUAAGUUACUCUUCAAAUGUAUACACAGGUUAGUCAUAAAGUACAUUCCUACCAGCAAAUAACAUCUAUUAAUGUGACCUUGACUCCCUUCAUCUCUCAUCUCUCAGUUGCAUUCAAUACACCGGAUGAAUAGUGAAAAGAAUAAGCAGACAAAUAUAGUUAAGUGUACAUACAACUCCAGUAUAUGCCAGUACUCUAUAUUUAGUGGCUUCUUGUGAGACAUAGGAAUGUCAGGAUGCUAGAUUGAUUAAUGGAAUAAUCAAUCAAUCAAUCAAUCAAUCAAUCAAUCAAUCAAUCAGUGGAACAUCAUGGAGGUCAUCAUGUUUUUUUUAAGCCAUGCACAUUCAUGGUCCCCACAGCAUGAAUUGAAACCACUUUGUUGAUCCCUUAACUGUCCACCCUGCACCACCAUCACGUAAACGUUUGUAUUUGUCUAAUACUUAAGUUUAUGACCAAAUGCCUGCAAAACCAAUGACAUUCCCAUCAGCCUCAGCUGUACUUUGUGCUUAGUGCUAAUUAGCAAAUGUUAGCAUGCUAACACGCUAAACUAAGAUGGUGUACACAGUAAACAUUAUACCUGCUAAAUAUAUCUGCAUGUUAGCAUUGUCAUUGUGAGCAUAUUAGCAUGCUGACGUUAGCAUUGAGCUCAAGUACAGCCACAGCAUGGCUUUAGACUAUUAGUCGCUGCUGUGAAUUGGAAUGGCUGUUUAUUUUAACAUACUGAUACAGCUCCAAUAAAGAUAUAUGUCCAUCAACCUCUAACAUAAACUUACCCCAUUUGACAGCAUUAUCAGCUUUUAUAAAUUAGCUUGCUGGUAGAUUAGCUAGCUAAAACAAUACCAGUCUGCGUAGUUAACUGGGCUGACUCCACUAAGCUACAGCUUCCUAGUAGAGCAAGAGCCAAAGGAGCUACAACAAAAGAGCUUGUCACAAUAACCUGACUUAGGAAACCUUAUCACUUCAUUAAUGCUGACUGAAUGAGCCCACAUUCACUGUAGACAUGUAUUUCCGUUUUAGCUAUCAAGCUGUUUGUGCACAUGACUUUGCCAACGGACCUCCAUGAUGGAGCCACACCUGGUUGCCCGGUGAUUUAUCAAACAACUGCAAAGCCUCUAUAGUAAUAGGGUCAUCCACCAUAUGCUGCAGUGUCAGAUUCACUUCGUCCCACUAUAUCAGUCAAGUCAGAAGCCAUCAAUCAGUGCAAUCAAAAGAAAUGAGGCGCCAGACAGGGCUUGUCCUAGGAGGUUACUGUAGAAAAUAGUUACGUGUGGCCACACACACAGAUACCUGUCUCCCAGUCGGUAGUGGGCCACCCAGCCCAUGACAGUCAUCAAUUUGUCAGUCUGUGCUGUCAGUGCCAGUGGUAGUAAUUGCAGCAGGGUCAGUCCCAUCUUCACUCACAGGUCAAAAUAGGAUCACACUCAUGUUCACAGAUAUUUAUAGGCAUGCGUGUAGGUACAGUUCCAUAUGAUGUAUAUAAAGAAAAAAAAACACACUCUCUGUCCUUGUUGCUCACAAUGUGUCACACAGACGUAAGCUCCUUGCACCCUUGUCUGAGUAAUGCAGAAGGUGAUAAGGGUGACCUAUUCUGCAUUAGGGAGUCAUACUAACACAGUGGACUGUGUGUGUGUGUGUGUGUGUGUGUGUGUAUGUGUAAUAAUGUGACACAGCCCAAGACCAAAGGCUUUAUGUGAGUGAUACCCACAACCAGAAACAUGUUUGGAUUGUAAUUUGAUUAUCAUAUGUAGAAAACCUGUGAGUCAUCCCGAAACAUGCACUAUCUUUCUGUAUUUCCUUUUCUGUUUUUAUGAAUACUCAUGCCAAAAUCUGUGUGUGUGUAUGUGACGGUGAGAAGAUAAUUUCACAAUCACACACCCAUUACAGUUAUUUAGGUAUUUAGUGCCUUCAAGCCUAAAGUACAAGAACUAUUCUCUCAUCAUCCACAGUUAAUUACUCUCUGUCUUUCUAUCUUUUCCUCUCUCUCUCUCUUUCGCAACAGCUGGUGAAUAAUAAUAUGAGCUGACACCGAUUUUACACCCAACCAAACUGAACUGGGCUGAAAUGAACUGAACCGUACUGAAGGAAACACACUAUGCCUGUCAUUGCCGCUGGUUAUUUGGACAUACUUAAUGGACUUAAAGGAUCAUUCUGAUAUUUAAUAGAUGUUGAUAAGACGGUUUGUGCCAGAACCAGUGUAAAUGUAGCGCCAAGAGGACAGCUGAGGCAAUGGGCUGCUUCCUUUGUAAUUUUGUGAAAUCAAGACCUAAAUAUUGCUCUGAAAUUAGGUCAGUUCUGAAAAGGUUGUGCUUAUUUGGGUCGACAUGGGGCUUUGCUCUUUGUUCGCUGGGUACAGUUCAGCGACAAUUGUGAAAAGGGCAUUUGUCCAGAUUUCUGUCUGGUUCCUGCCACUGUAUAGUGAACAGAUGAGAGGCAGAAGCAGAGCAAUGGGAAACCUCUGCCUUCUUGCGCUCUGCCCCCCCCCCCCGAAACACAAGUUCAUUUGCGAAGGGCUAGAACGUGCACUCCUGAGGAUGCACCGUUCAAUAUAAACUCUAUGUAUUUGUGGUAUCCUCUUGCUUGUUCUUACAUGGGGAGGGUUGCAUAUCCCACCUUCUGUGUCCCCUCACUAGCCAAAACCAGUGUUACACACGUACUGGGUGCCACCUUUUUUGCUAGAUACACUCUCAGAAAAAAGGCACAGAGAUGUACUUGAGUUUGGGUUCAACUUUCUAGCUUUUUAAGUUAUGAUCAGCAGCCAAUAUGAGUCAUUCUUUUGGUCAAAGAAAUUAAAUUAGACGUGGGUUUUCAACACUGGAGAUUUCGCAUUAUAAUCCUGACCAAGCCAAAUUUUUGCCAAGCUGGUUGUAACUUACAUGCUUGUUUCUGACAGUGUACAGCCAUGGUUGUGUACUUUUCCUGCAUUCGUUACUUUUAUCUAUGUGCCUUGGAGCGUAAUAUAAAAACAUGUGAUGACAUCAAUGUACAGUAAAACAACAUUGUAACUUGUUUCUCCCAAAAGCCAAACAGCCAAAGGCUUUUGUACUGUACAGACAUGUUGGUAACCAAAACAUACCAGAGACCUGUUGUAUAUCAUUUUUAGUACUAUUGCCCCAGCUUAUAUGUUUGUGUGAUAUAAUGUCAGAAACAGAUGUUUAUUUGUGACUCUUUAUUGUUGCAUAGAAUAUAAUGUGAUCAUUGAUUGUAAUGGACAUGCCAAUGUCCUUGUCUCUGCAAUUAAAAUGCAGUCCAGUUUCUGCUCCAAUGGUCAAA